CUGAAGCAGGACCUGCCCUCCUCCUGUCGCCAUUUUUUCGGUCUCAUUAUUGCGCCCCUUCUAUCUUGUCUGAAGGGGGGGGGACUAGAUGAAAUAAUAAAAGUGUUAAGUCCAGAGUAGUCGGUGUGAGUGUGUGUAGCAGCGGAGGAUGCAGGCGGGGGCCGCAGGGCGGGAUCACGGCGCUGCGCGGCCGGCGGACACGCCGCUGCUGUGAACUCACUUCUGCCUGAAGACGUGUUGCGAGGCGAGCCGCCAUUUUUUUUGCUGUGUUGCUUUAAGUCUGCUCUGACCCGACAAGUGGGGACUCGAAACCCCCUGAUUCUCGCCGUAAAAAUCAAGAGGAUUUGAAGUAAUUAUUUUUGUUUCCGAAAAACUCGCGGCUAUACCGGCCGAGCUUUUGCAGACAUGGGGAUCUAUCGGUCGAGAGACUGAAGCCACCUUUUCCGCUCUGUGACAGUGACUUGGAGGAUAUACGUUAUUUGAAGAGAGGAGCCUGGUGUUCUCGGAAGGGGAAGCUUCAUUGAUCAUUUUGGUUGUGAAUUUCCCCCUCUCCUUUGGUCGCCCCCACUGUUAGUCUGCUGAGCACCGGCUCACAUUAUGCACCAGAACUGGAGGAAGUCGGUCACAGCCUGAAAACAGCAUCUUUUUAUUAUAUUUUUGUCUAUUUAUUUAUGUUUUUUUAAGCUGGUUGCAGUGUUUUGUGCAGAGUAAGACCCCUCUGAAACCUCGGGGGCCACUAAUGCCCUGCAGCGGCCAGCUCCCACCCUGCGCUUUGAUUGGCCCAUUUGGAUCCAGCGCCUCGACACUUUUAAACUUACCGUGCAGCCCGCUUUCUUUUUCUUUUUCUUUUUCUCGCACACCUUUUUUGUUAACUUGCGUUUGUUUGAACAGAAAUGUCAACUGCUCGGUUUGACUCUGCUGAUCGGUCCGCCUGGUAUUUCGGACCCGUGUCGAGACAGGAGGCGCAGACUCGGCUGCAGGGACAGAGACACGGCGUGUUCCUGGUCCGGGACUCCUCCACCUGCCCCGGGGACUAUGUGCUGUCAGUCUCGGAGAACUCCAAAGUGUCUCAUUAUAUCAUCAACUCUUUGCCCAGCAAGAGGUUUAAAAUAGGAGACCAAGAAUUUGACAACCUUCCGAUGCUUCUGGAGUUCUACAAGAUCCACUACCUGGACACCACCACGCUGAUAGAGCCGGCAUCCAGGUACCCAAACACUAUCGGUGGUCCCAUCCAGCCUAUGCUUGCACCAGAGGAGAACGUAGAGUAUGUGCGGACACUAUAUGACUUCACUGGCAGUGAUGCGGAAGACCUUCCAUUCAAGAAGGGCGAGAUCCUCAUCAUCCUGGAGAAGCCAGAAGAACAGUGGUGGAGUGCCAAAAGUAAAGAUGGACGCAUUGGGAUGAUCCCUGUGCCCUAUGUGGAGAAAUUGGUACGACCCUCGUCCCACCCUGGCCAGCCCACCCACGGAUCUCGCAACUCCAACAGUUAUGGGAUCCCAGAGCCCUCCCACGCCCUCGUUCACGCCUACGCCCAGCCCCAGACACCUUCCCCACUACCCCCCGGCACGCCUGGAGCCGUCAUCACGCCUCUACCUUCUGUGCAGAAUGGUCCUGUUAUGGCGAAGGCCAUCCAGAAACGAGUGCCCUGUGCCUAUGAUAAAACAGCCCUUGCUCUAGAGGUUGGUGAUAUUGUCAAAGUCACACGGAUGAACAUCAGCGGUCAGUGGGAGGGGGAAGUGAAUGGACGGAGGGGCCUCUUCCCCUUCACCCACGUCAAAAUCAUUGACCCCCUGAAUCCGGACGACACCGACUGACCCAAGAGUGCGAGCAGACCCUCUCGCUGGUGUUGACGUGAAUCUGCUGGCCAUCUCCUCCCCUCCCACCUGUCUCACGGUUAUGAGCUCACCUGCUUGGGAGGGGUGGGGGGCUGCACCAUGAUUGCGACCCCUCUGUUGUUGCCAGCCAUUGCAAGGCUUUUCUGACUGUUUGCAGCCGUGGACAUGAUACCUAAACUCAAACCUGACCCCACUCAACCCAAUUCCCCUCUCCAUGUCUCAGCUGCAGGCUGGGUGGUUGUCCCUCCCUCCCCCCUUUCUCCCUCCCUCCCCUGUUAGAGUUUUCUUAAUUUGCCUAUCACUGGGCAUCUCUCUCUGUGCGUGCGUGUGCGUGUGUAAAAAAAGUGUGUGUGUGUGUCUUUUUGUGUUCACAUUUAAUAUUCGCCACAUAAAAUUUCAACAUUCUUUAAUAUUUGUCAUGUUGGAAGUCUUGGGGACUUUUGAAAGUGUUGGUAUGUUUGCUUUGUUGAUGUGAGGAUAUUUGUAUGAAAUGGGGACAAGCAAUAUCCCUGCAGACUUGGGAGAGCACUGAAGCAAGGAGGAGCUUCCCAGCUAGUGAGAUUUUAUUUUUCCUCUGUAAUCAAUCAAGCCACUGUUGUACCUUAAUCAUAACCAAGCACACACACACACACACACGCAUACAUACAUACUGGCCAUAUGUUACUGGGGCUGAGUAAUUGAAUUUGGCUCCGUGAUGUGUGUAUUUGAUGGUUGGUUAUGUGUCAGAAGGAGGUAGAAGAGAUGGGUCUCUGGAACAUCUAAAGUGGAAUCAUGUCAUCAUAGAUCACAUCUCAUCCAUUCUCCACCACGACUGGCAAAUGAAACUUAUUUAUCUUAUGUUAACAAGACAUCACACAGCCGUGUGGGUUUUCAUUGUUUCUCUUUUUUUUUUGUGCCAUAAUGAUCAACACAAGUUUUUCCUCAUAUUGUGACAUGGACAUAUAAGUUUUGGAGGCAUUAACUGUCCUCUUUGGUACCUCUUUACUUUAACAUUAUUUUAAACUAAAAAGACAUCAUUUAGAGAUGAGCAUGUUUUUAGUGCUAACGGCAUCCAGCACUAAAGGAAAUUAUUUCAGCUUUUUGCAUAGGAAUGCCAAGCUUUUAAAAAAUGUUGGUUGGUUUAGUCGAAUAUCAACAGCAGAAUCCAUGGCGAGCCGGUCCCACAAGCAUCUUUACUGCUACAAACUGAAAAUACAGUCUGCAGUGUGGGCACGAGGAGCGGGUUCUGGCGGCAGAGAUCAGAUCAGGGGGACUUGCUCUGCAAGCCAAUGAGAUCCUAUUAACGCCUUCUCGGAGUAAGAUGAACCUUUUAGCGCAUGAAGUCCUAUCUCUGACCACGUUUUAAAAAAAGUGUCAGUCCAGUCCAUGUAAGUGGCUUUACCCCUUAAAUAUUUGGUCUGCACACAAUUUUUAUGCAUAAGGACUUAACCACAGUGGUGGGAAGACUCUUAUGCAGCGCUACAACCAGUUCUGCUGAGGAUUAAGCAGUCUUACGAAUGGUGCAGAUUUCUGCUGUAAAACUAAUUGGAACCCCGCCCCGCCCCCCUCCACACACACACACACACACACACAAAAAAGUAUUUUUAGUGCUUAGUGUUCAAAUCAUUGCUCUGCCAUUUGCUCAGAUGUGUUGUGCAGCUUUCACUUGCAUUCUUUUUUUUUUCUUUUUUAAUCCUUUUUUUUUGUCAGUUUUUAUUUGGCUUUUGAAGCAUUUGAAAACGAGUGACUUUCUUAAACCGACAUUUACAAAAGGGAAGCAUGCCUGCUGGUUGCCCCAGUCAAUGGUUUUACCUGGUCAAAUGCUGCUUAUUGUUAUUUUUAUCUUAUUAUGUAAAAUGUUCUGUUAUUUUACUCCUUGCUAGUCUGUACAAACAGCUCAGAAUGGAUUUUCCUCAUCAGGCAUAAUGAAAUCUACUAAUUAAGCAAUCGACCCCUGAUUAUUUCCUUACCUGAGGUGAACUUGCUUUUCUCUUGCUUCUGAGUUAUUUGUAAUGGCAUUAACAGUAUUACUAUGCUCUCCUCUCAUUUUAGAAAAGCCUGUCUUUUACUUCAGAAUUAAAAAUUGUGCCUUUUUUUAUUUUCAUAUACCAUUUACAUGUGUUAAUAUUUCCCAUGGUUAACACCUGUGCUGGUAUUGACCCUUUAUGUACAGAACAAGAAAAUAAAAUUUACGUCUACUUCUUUA